UGCCGGGCUUUCUGUGCACGGCGUUCUGCUGGACCCUAAAGUCGACGCUGCGGGGCUGAGGGGGGCGCCGACAUGGAAGCCUUAGCGAGCAGGAGCCCGACCCAGAAAGCUCCACAAGGAUACAGCAUUGAUCCAAAGGCAGCUGUUGAACUGGAGCAGAUCUGUUGCUCCCAUUCAGAUCUUCCUGAAACUGCUGAGUUCAGCGUAACAAUGUCUUUGGGGCACCUAGCCAAGGGAGCCAGCCUAGAUGACCUUAUUAAGACUUGUAUUCAUUCUUUUGAUUCAGAAGGAAACCUGUGUAAAAACUCCCAGCUGCUGAAGGUAUUACUGACCAUGCACCGACUUAUCAUCUCUUCCACUGAGAUGCUGCGAAAACUAAUAGACUUAUAUCUAGAUGCCUUCGAAAAUAAUUCUUCUUUGAUUUGCUGUAAGAUAUGUUACCUGGUAAGGUAUUGGGUAAGAGAAUUCUGGGUUAUGUUCAAAACAGAUGGCAGUCUUACAAACACAAUGGAGGAAUUUCAGGAAUUGGUGAAAGCUAAUGGUGAGGAGUUACACUGUCGUCUAAUUGACACAUCUCAAAUAAAUGCCCGAGAUUGGUCCAGAAAGAUCACACAGCGGAUAAAAUCCAACAGCAGUAAGAAACGAAAAGUCUCAUUGCUCUUUGAUCAUUUGGAACCAGAGGAGUUGUCAGAUCACCUCACAUAUCUUGAAUUCAAGUCCUUUCGACGAAUAUCAUUUCCGGAUUACCAGAACUACAUCAUGAAUGGCUGUGUGAAGGACAAUCCAACAAUGGAACGCUCAAUUGCUCUUUGUAAUGGUAUUUCCCAGUGGGUACAACUAAUGGUACUCAAUAGACCAACACCACAGCUUCGAGCUGAAGUAUUCAUCAAAUUCAUUCAUGUGGCCCAGAAACUUCAUCAGCUGCAGAAUUUCAACACAUUAAUGGCUGUGAUAGGUGGUCUUUGUCACAGUUCAAUUUCUAGACUUAAAGAAACAAGUUCUCAUGUUCCUCAUGACAUUCAUAAGGUAUUCAGUGAAAUGACAGAACUGCUGUCAUCCUGUAGGAACUAUGAUAAUUAUCGGCGUGCAUACAAUGAGUGUAGCAACUUUAAGAUCCCUAUCCUUGGAGUACAUCUGAAAGACUUGAUUUCACUUUAUGAAGCUAUGCCCGAUUACUUGGAAGAGAAAAAAGUUAAUAUACAUAAAUUGUAUUCUUUAUACAAUCAUGUCAACGAACUGAUACAGCUUCAAGAAAUCGGCCCUCCCCUGGAGGCUAACAAGGAUCUUGUUCAUCUCCUCACACUGUCCCUUGAUCUUUAUUAUACAGAAGAUGAAAUUUAUGAACUUUCUUAUGCACGAGAGCCAAGAAAUCACCGGGCUGCACCUUUGACGCCAUGUAAACCACCAGUAGUAGCAGACUGGGCCUCUGGCAUAGCCCCAAAACCUGACCCAAAGAUCAUUAGUAAGCAUGUUCAGAGAAUGGUAGACUCAGUUUUCAAAAAUUAUGACCAUGAUCAGGAUGGAUACAUUUCUCAGGAAGAAUUUGAGAAGAUUGCAGCAAGUUUUCCUUUCUCAUUCUGCAUAAUGGACAAGGACAGAGAAGGUCUGAUUAGCAGGGAUGAAAUAACAGCUUACUUCAUGAGGGCCAGCUCAAUCUAUUCUAAAUUAGGCCUUGGUUUCGCCCACAACUUCCAGGAGACCACUUACCUGAAGCCUACGUUCUGCGACAACUGCGCUGGAUUUCUUUGGGGAGUUAUUAAACAAGGAUAUAGGUGCAAAGAUUGUGGAUUGAACUGCCAUAAACAAUGCAAAGAUCUGGUAGUAUUUGAAUGUAAGAGGAGACCCAAAUUAACAGUCUUGGAUAACAGCCCUGCCUCGGCCCUUGCAUCUAGCCUCUGCCCCAUGGGACUCAAAGAACACAUGCAAGGACUGGAGGAAGGAGGAUUUCCACUUCCUAAUGGAGAAGUGGUUGAGCAAAAUGAAGGGAGCAAAGACAGAACUAUUAUGCUUAUGGGGGUGUCUGCACAAAAGAUCUCAGUAAGGCUAAAACCAUCUGUGGUGCACAAGAGCACACAGACUGACCUGACACUGGCGCAUGGCUUCGGGCUAUCUAAACAACAGAGUGAUCCAGAAACACCACCUGAAAACAGCCUCCUCCAGCCGCUGCCUCUUCUCCAGCCUCCUCCCCCAUCGCCGUGUCCAAGCCCAGUUCUUGGCCGUAAAAAGGCUUAUGUGAAAUGGGACAACAAGGACUGCAGUCAAAAAGCAAAGGGAGAACCAUGUAUUCUAAAACCCACAUACCAGGAACUAGAGCAGGAAAGAAAUAUUCUUACAACAGAAAAUGAGGCUUUAAAACUGCGGCUUAAACAGGCACAUAAGAAAAUUGAAUUCCUCAGCAUUCGAAGAAACCACAUAUUGGACAGCGGGGAACAUGGCGAUGGCUUGUAGUUAAGUCAGGAACUCUUCUUUAUAACAUGGCAGUUUCCUGCUUAUUUUCUCACUUGCUGAAGAUUCAGGGCAUCUGUUAAAUGUUUGCCCCUACACAAGAUCAUCUAUCAACAGGAAUAAUGCAGACCUAUCUACAAUUUCAAAGCAGCUGAACUCAUCCUGGAGAUUGAGUGGAAUCCUGCACAGCCCACAAUAAUGAUAGCUGGAAGUCUAACUUUUUGGUGGAAUUUAUCUCCAGGCUACAAUCUGAGAAAAAAAUCUGGCUGAUUUUUUUCCUGGUUUAUAGAAUUUAGGGUACAAGGUGAGUUAGACACUUAGAUUUUAAAUGGAUGUAAUUCAACUCUUGGGGUAGUUCAGCCUGCAUUUCUGUUCUGACUCUAAAUUGGAAAUCUCAAAUUGCUUUACACAUGAGUGAAAAUGUGUAACUUGACUUGUUUUUACUUGCAAGUCUUGCUAGCAUUCACUUGAAUUGUGGCCUACUAUAAAGGCAGCUUACACUCCUAUUCCAGCUGUUGUGAAAGACACUUCCUCACUUGCAGUAUAUGAUAUCUAUAUAUCUGAAUGCUGCUAAUGCUGUAUAGCAGACGAGUGAAAUCCUUCAGGUAGAGUAUUUCUAUUUACAGGUAAUACAGAAAGGACAGGAAGGUUGAAAUACAAAUUUCCUUGCUCAGCUCUUAUAUGAAUGUGGUAUAUAGUUCAUAGAAGCUAUAGAAUAGUAGAGUUGGAAAGGGCCAGAAGGCUACCAGAUCCAACCCUGCUGCUCCGUACAGCAUCCCUCUCAAGUGACUGGCCAAUUGCAUCUUGAAUUCUUCUAGUGUGAAAGAUCUCACAACCUCCCUAAGUAGUUGGUUCCAUGUUCGCACUGUUCUAACAAUCAAGAAGUUAUUUCUGAUGAUCAGAUGGAUUCUGGCUUCUUGUAACUUGAACGUAUUAUUCCGUGCCCUGCACUCUGGGAUGACUGAGAAGAGAUCCUGACCUUCCUUUUUGUGACAGCCUUCAAGUACUAUCUUAUCUCCACUCAGGGUUCUCUUCGCAAGGCUAAACAUGCCAAGUUCUUUCAAUCUCACCUCAUAGGCCUUUGUUUCCAGUCCCCAGAUCAUCCUUGGUGCCCUCUGCUGAAACUCUUCCAGCUCAUCUGCACCUUUCUUAAACUGCCCAGUUUGCAUAUUGAGCUCAGUUACAAGAAGUCCAGGUUCAGAUUCUGGCUUCAGUACACUAGAUGACUUUGGUUAUUUAUUUCACAGGCCAGCUUUAGGGUGUUCGUGAAGCUAAAAUUCUGCUCUUAGAGGAUGGUGGGAUUAAAAUUAUUAUUUCAGAAGCUGUAUUAGUCUCACUUAUGGACAAAAUUGCACAAGAGAUACUGAAUGCUACUUUUGUGUUCUCUUCUGAAAACCACUUGAGAACUCCAUUCUGUAAUUAUUUUAGAACUGACAGGUAAAUGAUGCACUAUGAAAUGUGGUAUCAGAGACUUGUGAACUUUAUAUAGUUUAUAUUUAUUUGCAGCCUCUUGUUUAGAAAUCUGCUUCCAAAUAAAUUCCAUAAUUUAUUUUUCCAAGAAUGAUAUUAUUAUUUGCCCAAUUAGGGCAUCAUUUUUAGUUUUGUUCCAGUGUACAUGUUUAUACACUGUUGUAUGUUUACGUUGGAGUCAUUUCAUUGUUAAAUACUGUUUUGUACCUUCACUUGUAAGGCCCAGCAUGAUGUGCCUGUAAGAAUCUUGCAGCUUCUAUAACUUAAAUGCGUGUGAUUCAGAAAGUAGCUCCUGUUCUUACUGUUAAGUAAAUUUGAUUAGAUAAUGUAACUAUAUUUAACUGACUGUAAACACUUGUAUGUACUAUUUAAAAUUGGUCAUGCAUGAUUUUCUAACAUUGAACCGAGUUGAAACCUAGAAACUAUACACUAAACAUAAACAUUUCAGGAACUGUAGAAAUGAAAACACAAAACAGACACUUGGCCGGUGACACAAUAGUUGAAGUGUCUGUUUUUACUUUCCACACACUUGUACUUCUUUGAUAAUCUUCUGUGCACAGGACAGCUUUCCCCCAUAGGAUCUUAAAGCAUCUAGCCCAGGCUCAUAUUAUUCUAUACUAGAGUUGAGGUACCUUUCCCCAGGAAGUCUGCAUCCAUUUGGGUAUAAGUCCUUGGAAUCUACAUACAAGCUGUGGGCAGGGACAAAGCAUACAUACAUGCAUACUUUAUUUUCUCCCUCUCUCACCUUUAUGUGCUGAGAAUCCUCCCUUUGGUGUACACAAGGAAGCAAAGGCAGCUGCCUAUGGCAGGAGAACGCUUUUCCUCCAGAGAAAGUUUGCUUUGCUUUUCUGCCCCACACUGAAAAGAAUGGCAGGGUGUAGGAAGGGAGGAAUCUUUUUUCCACUGUACAUCAAAGAACAAAGCUACCUGUCUAACAUCUUCACCUUUAAACAGCUGUUGACUGGGAGGUAGGCAGUUGGGAAUAUGUGUAAUGAUGGGAAGCUGUGGCUACAGAAUCUCCUGAGUCUUAAGUUUUAUUACCGGUUUAGCCAUGUUUGUCUUCCCAACUCUUCAUCAGGGAAAUGAGAGAGAACUUGACUAAGAGGGAGGCAGGCAAACACAGUAGUCAACCACAGUAGUCAAGUCUAGGAGACCUCUUUUAUCCACAUUCUAGGUCCUUAGGUUCUCUACUCUGCUCUAGAGCCUAGUGAAAAAAUGAAACAGAUUUUUUGCAAGUUUAAGGUGAUUGAACUGGAUUCUAUAUGGUGGAAGAGGAGUUGUGAAUUUUUGUAGGGCAGUGCCUUUCGUAUAUAGAUAAUACCCAGCUACAGUUUCACUGUAUCAGUUCUAGGGAAGCAGUGGUGUCUCUGGGUGCUUUAGGAGCUGGAGGAAGACUACCAAAACAAAAAUCCUCAUUCUAGUUUAAGACAAGUAGUGUCAUGGUUAAUAGGUCUGGCAGGAAGGCCUACCAUGGAUAUGGUUACUUUGCAUAAUGAAGCUGUAACAGGCAUGCUUCUGUGUCAGGACAUUCCAGUAGCCAUUAGGGAUAGAGAGCAUUUUCCACCCAUUCCUGGUCCAGUGGUUGCACCACUUCCCAAAAGACAAAGAACUUGCUUCCAUCAUGCAUGGUCAACUAGCCUGGAUUGUACUAAGCAAUAAGUGGGCUGCCUUUGAAGGCUGCAUGCAGAUCUCCAUUGGCUCAAAAGGCAGUAGCAAGAAGCAGAAAAUUUCAUGAGCUCUAAGAGAGUUGUACUGGUUUGCCAAUUAAUUUCUGAAAAGAGUUCAAAGUAACUUUUUAAUGAUUGAAUAACUUGAUUAUCAGAAAGAACAUUUUCAUCCAUACCUCCACCAUGAGGUGUGAGGCUCUGCUCUGAGUUCCAUCACUACAUCUAGUACCAUGAGGCAUGAGCAGGCCUAGAGCAUAUUUGUCUAUGUGCUAUGCUCACAUUUCUGUGAAGUCCUAGUUUUCUGGAUGGCUACACUGGACUAAGUCCCAUGAAAGUGGUUUACUUUCAGAGUGGUUUAUUUCCAAGCAGACUCAGUAACAACCUAUGCCUUUAUGAGUCCAACGCACUACUGUGGCUUUUCCUCCCCAGCUCAUGAGCAGUUAAUAGACAGCCUUCACUGCCACUAGCACAGCACAAUAAAGGACUGUAAAAAUGACUGUUUGUGCCAAGAAAACAUAAGUAUCAACUUUAAUGCCUGAAAAUGUAUUUGCUACUGCUCAAACCACCCCCAUUAUGUCUAUUCAUAGACUGUUCAGGACCAGUGAAAAACGUUAGACGAACAUUCACCUGUCUGACAGCAGCAAAAUGCACAUACCCAUUUCAGCUCUCCUAUGGUGCCAUGCACACAAGCCAAACCUUCACAAAUCGGUUGGUUCUGCCAAGACACGAAUUUAGACUGAUAUUGUUUCAUACUUGUUACAAAAAGAUGAAAGCAGUAAUAAAAAAAAAGCAGCAGCAGCAGCCUUAAAAAUGUGAUGUUGCAGCAGCAAUUGUUUGUGGUUUUUUUUUUUUCCCUUAAUCUUUCACCUGACAGUGAUAGCUGUAGAAUUAUGACAAACUGGCUUUUAAAAUGUACAGGUUGUAAAAGAUGACUGAAGUGCAAUUUGUUUGAUAUUUAUUAAAAUAAAGUUGCACAAGAAUUUA